UGCUGCGGUCGGAAAGCACCGAAACCUUCAAGUGGUUUUUGCACUCGUACGAGGAAGCUGCUGGUGGACGGAGGCCAAAGGUCAUGCUGACCGACGCAGACCAGGCCAUGGCCGCGGCCUUGAGGGAGUGGAAGACCACCGUGCACCUGUGGUGCUUGUGGCAUCUCAACAAGAACGUGGUCCAGCACUGUUCCUCGUCCUUUUCUGACACGAAGACACGGGAGAAGAUGCUCCGUCUAUUCAGAAACGCUGCGCACGCCGCUACGCCGGAGGCCUUCUCUACGUACCGGGCUGACCUGGAGAGGACCGUCAGGGGCAAGAAGUGCGACCAGUACAUCCGGGACCUUCUCGAUGGUGCCAGGAAAAUGUUGAUCUCGUGCUGGUGCUGUGAAUGGAGAAAACGAAGUGGGCCUUCUCCUGCCGGCCGACAGCGCUCACGCUGGGCAUGCUUGCCACGCAGCGCACCGAGGGCAUGUUCGGGGUGGCGAAAAAGUUCGGGAUACACAAGAAGCUGUCUCUGUGCGCUCUGUGAGACCGCCUCCAACAUGUGUACCAGACAAUGGACAUUGAGCACGGCAGUCGUGAAAGCGGAGUUGGCUUUUCAGACGAAGCACUUGGAGGGGUUUCUCGCCCCGAUCCGGGAGGAGCUCGAAAGUGUUGGCGCCAGCCAAUACUGCCAACUGGAGGCUAAGGACGAACUCGGAGGAUCUCAGUCGUACGACGUAGAAGUCAUCUGCGUAGGAGCGGCGGACGACAAAGGCCACCCCGUGCCUCUGGAGGGUGGUGUCCUGCGUCAACAGCUUGAGGCCGCACACUUCGACUUCAAUCUUUACGAGGAAGCGCCGCCCGACACUGACAUGGAAAUCGACUGCAAGCUUGGCCCUGAGGCUGAAUCGACCGAAGACAACACCGUUUGGGCGCGUACGUCUUUGGAGGCGCCGUUGGACCUCGUCAGCCGAGUUCCCGUCCAUCUUGCCGCCGCCGUGCGGUACAAGCUCACGCCUUCACGGCCGGGCCAUGUUGUGGUAGUCGGCCCGGGUGGCUUCUACUUGUGCUCUUGUCUGAAGUUUUUGCGCCAUGGCCUACCAUGCAGGCACUACUUUGCCGUGCUAGUUCGCUUCAUCGGCGGCAAGUACGGGGGAGUCCUGCUUAACCACGAGUUCGACGGCAACAGCGUGCACACGCGCUGGCGGCAAUCACCAGACGGCAGCGACGCGCCCUGGACCGCCUCCAGAGUGUUGGAAGGGGCAGGGCACGGCGACGGCUGGGAUGGAUGUGACCACGGCCAAGACGACAACUUCUGGGGGCCGACGUACGACGACGACGGCGGGGAGGGCGGCGUGCACCCCGCAGAACGUGCGGCAAAAGCAGUCGCGGAUCGAUCGGGGAGUGACCAUCGCCGCGUGUUCGCGACUCUGAUGGCCAAAAACAAGGAAAACGUCACCGAAAUAAUGAGGACGGUUCCACACGCCAAAGCCUUGGAGAUACAGGCUGAACUGGACAAGUGGGUGAGGUUCGAGCUUGCCGAAGCUACCGGCGAGAACAAGAGCGGGAAUCCAGCGCAGGUAAAAGCGAAAGGGAGGCCUAAGAAAUCCAAGUCGGAGGGAUCAAAGCAGGACCGACACGAUGACAACGGUGCGCCUGCCGACAGCGGGUCUGUUCAACCAGUCGGUAACCCGGAAGGGCGGAGGGACAAGAGCCGGAGGGAAAAGAUGAUCAAAGACGUCUCUGGUGCUGGGUCUGGAGCAAAGACCCGUCGGCCUACCAAAGAAAAAACGUCGUUGCGUACAUCACGUAGUCCCUAGUAACAAAUCUACGGCCGGGGCACAUAGAUAGUCGAAUCGUGCGCCGCCCUUGUCAUCUCGUUCCCGGCGUUGCCAGUCUAUAUCACCUCUUGCGUGCUAACGCUGCACAGCUACUGGCGGACGUUGCAGG